UUGAUGGCUACUUGUACAAAAUUCCCGUUGUUGCUAUCAACAAAAGUUGUUUUUCUUUAAAAUACAAUAUAAAAGGCCGCAAUGGCCCGCAUUACCUGGCGCGCGAAUUCAGCACAAAGUUUAGUAUCAAGAUGCCGGCUUCGAUGGUCGUACAUGAAACAUUGCUGGCACUCGCUAACUUUCAAUGCACAUAUGAAUGCUUCUUACGCUUCAGAUGUGUGCAUGACGCCUAUAUUUUGGUUUGUCGAUAACUAUACACAUUGUCUUGGACCGUUUUUUGUAGUGGGAGUGGCUGCUUUAACCACUGCUGUCGUCAGCAUAGCUUAUUGGAUAGGCUUGCCCUUUUGGUGGAAUAAGAGCCAAUUGGCUACAGUGUUACUGCUUAUCGUUGGGAACUGGUUGCUACUGAAUGUUGUAUUCCACUACGUCAUGGCUGUGAUAACGCCAGCGGGUUGCCCACCAGAAGGUGUUUCUCUAGUAGAGGCUGUCAGCGUGUGUAAGAAGUGCAUAGCGCCAAAGCCUCCACGCACGCACCACUGUUCCGUGUGCAACCGCUGCAUUCUCAAGAUGGAUCACCAUUGUCCUUGGCUCAACAAUUGCGUCGGCUAUGGAAAUCAUCGCUAUUUUUUUCUCUACAUGCUAUAUACAACAAUAGGUUGUUUAUUUCUAAUCAUGUUUGGCUUAGAGAUUGGGCACAAGUACCUUUGGUUAGAUCAUGGUGAUAAUUGGACGGAGACAGAACCGCUUGAGGGACAGCCAGUAAAAUUUAACUUGAGUGGUCAUAUAAUUCCAGUGACUCACCCUCACGAAUACGAUGAUAUUUUGCUACCGCCCGCCAUACACAAUCUUCCCACACCUGUUGUGGAUGCUGAGACUGCAUCGGCUGGUCGGAGGCAUGCUUUGUGGUUUAUGGCAUUUACAAACGUUGCUGUGGUCAUAGCACUUGGCAGCCUUUGCACGUGGCAUGCCAAGCUUGUAACGCGAGGGGAAACUAGUGUUGAAGCACACAUAAACGAGGCAGAGCGGAAACGCUUACUUCAGCAAAAUCGAGUUUAUAUAAAUCCCUACAAUUUCGGCGCCAAAAAGAAUUGGAAAAUUUUCUUGGGGCUUGUGCGUGGCAGACAAUUUUGGCGCACUGUUCUAUUACCAUCUUGGCAUAAACCUGAAGGUACCGGUCUUAGUUUUCACACUGUGCAUGAUGCACCCUCUCCAGAUGAGUGGCCAUAGCAAUUAGUUUGUUUGUGCUCGGACGAGCCCAAUCCAAUAAAUGCAGACUAAUUGAUUUAAAUUUGAUAUGGAGAGAAGAUCGAAACUGCAGUUCGCAUUGGGCUCUGCACACAAUUAUAAUUAAGUGAAUUAUAUUAGUUAAGAUCUAACUAUCACAGCCAUUUGUAUGUAGGAUGUCAAUUUAUUUGUAAACUCAUUUAAAAGUGUUUUGUCAUCCAAAUGUAUGUUCAUUUUA